AUAUGCAUUCAAGUCCAAGAGUAGGGCAUUGUUUUAUUUAUGGGAAAAGGUUUGUGUGGGGUGUAGUCCAGGAGUUGGUUGAGAAAUAGGCGCCACUCUCUUUCCACUUCAUCCUUUUGGGGAUACUUUUCAAGUUGGAGUGUUUAUGUAACCUUGUCAUGACUGGGUGUCUUUUGGGUUGUAAUGGUUAAUGUACGUCUUGGCACAUCUGGUAUUUUGGGUGAAAUUCAGUGGGGGUGGGUGUAACAGAGUUAGAAAUAACCUAUUAUAAAUUUCUACAAAAUUGAUGUGCUUGCCCUUUUAUAUAUGUUUUGGAGCCACCUGGUGGGUUAAAUGUGCAACUGCAUGGGUAGUGUUCCUUCUCCGGCACCGUAGCCUACGCGACUCGGCAAAGAAAACUUCUAAGCCGGAGACCCGAACAUGCAGUUGGUUAACACAUUACUGAUGACAGCAUUGUGUUUUGCUGCUUUUUAUAUCAGAAUAAAGAGGAAACCAGAGUGAGAGCAAGACCAGUUACACUACACAAUAUCCAUGUUCCUCAUUGAGCUUACAAUACCAGCCGAGGGGGGGAUGGAGGCUGCCUACGAACACAAGAAGGCCAAGUACUCAGAGCUGGCUGCUGAGUGCCGGGAGUGGCUGGAGGACCACCAUCUACCCAGUGGAUGUUGGAUGCUGAGGCUACGUGGGGCUGUCAACCAUACACCUUCUGAGGGACGCAGGAGUGACUGGAGGGAACCUGAAGAAGGCAACCAAAGAGCUAGCGGAGGAGGCCGAGAAGGGGAGCUUUUGGCUCUGGCUGAGGAGGAAAGAUAAUAGCUGGGGAAAGAACAACUAACCCCGACAUCAGCUGCAGGGGAAGACAGGGAGACGUCCCUGUCACUGCUCCACCACCAUGAGACGUUCCAGGAUUAAAGGAGCGAAACGUUGGUGAAUGGUGGUUCCUGGCUGAUGACCCUGCAGCUGACCCUUGGGCACCGGAGGAGGUGCGACUGGCAUCAAUUCCUAGCAGGUGUUCCACCUAGCUGUACAUUUCUCUACCUGUACUACCUGAGUUUUUUCCCUUCAGUAUCUAAAUGUAUUUUCGGAUAAUAUGUAGAUGUCCUGGGCAUACAGUAUUUACCUAUAGAUUUCUCUCGCAGUAUCUGUAGAGAGGAAUAUUAAUCAAACACUUGAUAUAGGUUUGACUGAGGUGAAGGCACAUGUUUUGUGUGUGUGUGUGUGUGUGUGUGUGUGUGUGUCAAUCACAGCUGUGCACUCCUCUGGCUCAGUCAUCAGACGGAAGUGGAUGAACUCUUGCCCUCGCCUGGAGCAUCACACGAGAUUAAAGGUGAUGAUGCCUGAAGCACAGACAUAGGCAGCAGUGGCAGAAGCAGUGGUGUAUCUGUGCUGUUCAUGGCUCAGAGAAGAGCUGCUGCCGCCAGCUGCUGCUGCUGCUGCUGCUCAAGGACGCCCAUGAAUGAAGACAACGCCCGUUUCUGCCUGCUGGCUGGACUCAUCCUGCUCUACUUGUUGUGUGGGGCGGCCAUCUUCUCAGCACUGGAGCAUCCCUUUGAGCUGCGUGCUCGUCGCCUCUGGAAGCAGCAGCUUGACAACUUCACCCAGAGAUACAGGGUGAAGCUGGACUCCCUGCACACUCUGCUACGGCAGUACGAGGAGGCGAAUGGAGCUGGUAUCAGAGUGGACACUCUGAGGCCUCGCUGGGACUUCUCUGGAGCUUUCUACUUUGUGGGAACUGUUGUCUCCACUAUUGGCUUUGGCAUGACUACACCAGCGACCAUACCUGGAAAAAUAUUCUUAGUAGUCUACGGUCUCAUUGGCUGUGCUGCCACCAUCCUCUUCUUUAACCUCUUCCUAGAGAGAAUCAUCACGAUGCUAGCUUACAUCAUGCGUUGGUGUCAUGAGCGUCGGCUAAGGUGUGGUGGGGUCAUGGUGAUGUCGAGAAGAGACGAGGCCUCUGGUGAAGAAGACAGCCUUGAAGGCUGGAAACCAUCAGUCUAUUAUGUUAUGCUGAUCCUGGGAGUAGCAUCAAUUGUGAUUGCAUGCAGUGCCUCCACUCUCUACUGCUCCAUGGAGAACUGGAGCUACGUGGACUCACUCUACUUCUGCUUCGUUGCCUUCAGCACCAUCGGUUUCGGGGACCUGGUGAGCAGUCAGAGACAGCAGUAUGACUCUCAGGAAGCAUAUCAACUUGGGAACUGCCUUUUCAUCUUAAUGGGAGUAUGCUGUAUCUAUUCGCUUUUUAAUGUCAUUUCUAUUGUCAUAAAGCAAACUCUUAACUGGAUUCUCGCUAAGCUGAUUUGCUCUGGACAGCAGCAGCCUUGUUCUUGCUCCACAGCUGGCUGCUGGGGACUCUGCUGUACCUGCUUCCAACACAAAACUCACCACCAGAGGCCCGUGCCUGGACACCUCAGGCAAAAACACUUUAAACGCAACACUGUGCAGCCCAUCACAUCCCACUGUCCUGCUGGAAGGCACCACUACACAGACAGCUCAGUGGAGACAGUGUGUGACAGUGAGACAGAUGCUGGUGCACUGGCUGAUGGGGUCUAUGUUGGGCAGCGUCUGUCAGAAGAGAUGAUCUCUGUCAGCGAGUUCAUGGUGUCCAACAGGGUGUCACUGGCACUGCUGCAGAAGCAGCUGAGUGAAACAGCUCACCAGGGCCAACAGCAGAGCUACAGCCAUCAAAAUGGCUUUUCUGGUGGUGUGGGGGCUUUGGCCAUUAUGAAUAAUCGCCUACAGGAAACAAGUAUGGAUAGGUAGCACUACAUAAUACACCACUGCUGUAGAACAGAGGUAGGCAAUAUUUUUCUCCACAGAUCCAUCCUGAUGUACAGUAGGAAAAAGGUCACUAACUUUAUUUUAAACCAUCCUAAUAUCCAAUAUGCUUCAGAGCAUUUGAAGCAACCAUACUAGUGGCCAAAAGUAGGUUUGCAGGAAUAGGUUUGCAGGAAUAGCAUGCUCUCUAUUAUUGAUCUUCUUUUAAAGGCCAAUUGGUCCAUGAUGAUAACCUGCAAAGCCAGUCAUUGUGCCUCCUUCUGGCAACAGGAAGUAACAAACUAACAACAGACAAAUGAUUUCAUUUAUAUAAAGCUUUCAGCGUGUGGUCUACAUUUGCUGUACGCUGUCAUAACAAAUUAUUGGUGGCCUUUCUCUAGCGCCAUGUAGUGGCCAUUGUAGUCACUCCACAUCCCAACAUUCACAGGGGUGUGAGGGCCCGUUCAGUGCUGCUUGCAGCCCUAGUAUAACAU